UUCAGUCGGCAAGACUUUUUCAGAUCUUUUGUUCCGGUCUUAGUUUGCCUUCAACGAUGCUACAAUUCCGACGGAAAUCAUGGCCGACGAAGAUGAAGGUCCUGAUUUUUCAGCCGUGGUUUUCGCGUGUCGCGGUGUUGCGCUGGCUUCAGUUUCAAUCGCUAACUCUGUCUAUUCCAACUGUGGCUAGAAGGAAAAUCUGGAGACAGCGCCUGACGAUUCCUUCCGCCUACGCAAGACAAGCUCCGGUGCUUGUGUCAGGCAUCGUGACUUCGUGAGACAGUCACAAAGAAGUUCAUGUAUGUAAUAUUCGAAUAGGAAAGGAAUCGCAGAAAGUGAAGACGAUGAAGGCCAUUGUUGGUUUGUUCACAGUUCUUUGUUACUUUGUAUUGUUCUCCAACCGACGGUGUCUGUUGUACUCUACUGUUGAACUGGUGGAAAGGUUGUUGGUGUCACAUGAACUCAAGAAACCCUUCAAUUUGGGCAGGAUCUGACUCUCCAGGUUGCAAUGAAGAAUUAAAGAAACAUGGGAAAUUGAUACUUUUUUGGAACAAGUGUAGACAAUCAAACUCAUAGUUGGGGUAUCAUGACAACAUCGACCUUAUUGAGACCAAAGGACGAUUCUGACGAUGAUCCUCUGAAUACCAAAUCUUAUAUCAAGGGAUACCCUAGAAAUAUUUCUCAAAAAGCAGUGGUAGUGCGGAGAAGGUUUCUUUGAUGGGUAAGAUGGCGGCGGAAAAGAAUGCCUCUAGAAAUCAAGGGAGCGAGUCUGAGCCUGUUCGUAAAAGCACGAGAGUGCGCAGGAGGCGUGUACUAGAUGGAGAGUCUGAUGAGGAAGAUCUCGAGAUUAGAUACCUGGAGAAUCUACAAUAUGCCAAGGCUGCAGUUGCGAACGAUCAACAGAAUUCAAUGGUCUAUAAGAAUGGGAAACAUCAGCUGGACUCAAAUCCAUGCAAAGAUGGUAAUACGAUAUCAAGAUCUAAAAGAGGAUCUGACGACACAGAUGGUGAGUAUGAAGAGGAGGAUGUAUUGUCAUCUGAAAGUGAGUAUGGAAGCACAAAGAAGAACUCAAAGAAGAAACCAAUAAAGGAUUCUGUUGAAUCACCUUCUGAAAGUAAGAGGUCAUUCUCUCUUACGACUCGUCAGCGAGCCCUUUUGUGUGGUAAAGAUUCUUCUUCUGCAUCUGGUGCAAGUGAAAUUGAGUUUCCCAAUGGGCUACCUCCUGCUGCUCCUCGAAAGCAAAAGGAGAAGCUUUCCGAUGCAGAACAACAGAAGAAGAAGGCUGAGGCUGCUCAGAAACGUAAAAUACAACUUGAGAAGGCAGCCAUGGAAUUAGAGGCCGAGGCUAUUAGGAAAAUUCGGGGUCAAGAGUCUGGCAGGAAGAAACGGGAAUGUAAGAUAAAGAAACGCCAGGAAGAACUGGCACAGGAGAAGGCAGACAAGGCUAAGAGUCUUGAAUCGAGCACUAUUAGAUGGGUAAUUAACAGUUCUGGGACUACUGUUAUUUUCCCUCAGGAACUUCCAAGUAUAUUUACCUCUAAGCCUGCCGGUUAUCCUCCUCCUCGAGAAUCAUGUGCCGGUCCGUUAUGUAGCAACCCCUACAAGUAUCGUGAUUCAAAGUCAAAUGUUCCGCUUUGCAGUCUAAAAUGCUAUAAGGCAGUUCAUGCGCAGAUGGAUGCUGAGAAGGAUGCCGAGAAGGAUACCGAGAAGGAUACCGAGAAGGAUACCGAGAAGGAUACCGAGAAGGAUACCGAGAAGGAUACCGAGAAGGAUACCGAGAAGGAUACCGAGAAGGAUACCGAGAAGGAUACCGAGAAGGACGCCGAGAGGGAUGCUCAUUCAACCAGUUAGUUCUAUUCUCUUUCUUUUUCCUUAUCUGAGGGAUUUGGUUUGCAGACUAUAUAUUCUUUUAAAUUGUUUGGAAGACAAGAUGACAUACAUGCGGAUGAGGGAUGGAUUAUCAUUUAGUUUUCAUUUAAUGGUGUACUCUUUCCAACUAUUGGUUUUUCUAAGAAACUUGUCAAUUUCUAUUCA